UUGAAAAGCACUUGUCAUUUUUUUUUUAUCACGUUAAAAGUGUAUUGCUCUAGUUAUCUUUGUAAUUGUUGAAAUCAUUUUUAGUCACGUCAUGACAAAAGUAUCGAAAGAAUUAUUAAGAGAGCGGAAGUUUCUUGAGAGAAAAAUAAAGGCCUUAAUAGCGGAAUAUGGCGUUAAAGUGACGUACGAUUUCUCUCGCUAUAUUUAUGUUGGUGUGAAAGAAAAUUGCAACAUUGCUCUGGAGGAUGCCAUCAACCUGAUCACCACCUGCGCUGGAUACGAAGCUCAUAAGCUGGUGACUUACAAACAAGCCUUUGUGACCAAUUUGUAUGUGAGGUUUGCAGAUCAGAACUACGCUGCAGCGGCAGCUGAGCGCCUUCGUCAGCAGGAAGGAUAUUGCGUCGAUAUGGUCAGAGCUAUGCUGGUAUCUUGGUAUCUAGAAGAGAUGCUGAAAGGCAAUUUUCCGUGGACUCUGGCUCUUGUAAGUAUUGAAGGAAGAGCAGAACACACAAAUCCCUUGUCGCAGGAUGUACUGCAGGGCAUGCUGAUGCAGUUCGGAGACCCAAGGAUUAAUACUUACCAAAUUGGAAACCAAGUAGAACACGUACAGGUUCUCUUCUCUUCAAUGUCGGAAGCCCUUGGAGCAAGUAUUGCGCAUGGACGCUGGUUCAGGGGAAAUAUUAAGGAAAAUCCCCGAUUCUAUUACAACAUAAAGAUAAUGAGUUCCGAAAAAGAAAGUAUUCUCUUAAAGAGCAUCCAACCAAAUAAACCCGAAGCAGACCAAGAACCUGAAGCACUGGAAAUGGAUUACUUUGUGCAAAAAAUAGAAGUAAAAAUGCCAUCCUACAUGGAAGAAUCUCUCUACCCGUCAAACUCGCCAACAAAUUCUCAGGACUUCCGAAACUCUCCCCGAGUUCGAGAAUUCAGACGCCAAUUCUCUCGUGGCAGGGGGAACAGUGGAAGAGGGAAAAGUGGUAACUCUCAAUGGUCAUACGAAAAUCGAAGUACCCCCAGAAGGUUCCAGAACUAUGCCAGCCAAAUUACCCUUCAAGAUUUUACGAACUUUUAAAAUGCGAGAAUAAACGAUUAAUCUUGCUUCGACCAUAGCGUCGCUAAAAUGGCGUCUAGUACUUAUAGUCCAGAAAACGAUAAUUUAAUAUUCUUGGUUGAACUCAUUUCAAUGAUUUGGCGUCACCUGUUGAAUGAUUUAUUAAUACACAAAUGACAAGGACUCUUUCUGCGCAUUUCUAAAGCGUUUUAUAUUGACCCUCAACUGGACAAGGACUUGCAUGUUUUUAAGUUUGAAUUGGUUAAAUUAUGUCUUGUAUUGUUGAUAUUUUUAAAUAAAAUUUUUAAAGUUUU